AUGCAAAGUGCGUUAGUAGGCUCCUGGCACAACAAUGGCUUCUAUGGGCACUACAGAAGCCAAUUCAAGAGUGAAAGUGCUAGAGAAUACCGCCUUGCAGCCAAGCCCCAGCCUCCAGCAGUGUUCCUGCAGCGAUGUCAGGAGCCGGCGCAGCAACACUUCUUCUCCAAGCAUGACAACCGUACUUCCUUUGACAAAGGCCCCUACUGCCUGCUGCAGGGAAUUGGAAGGCGGAAGGACCUGGAGCGCCUGUGGCAGCGGCACACCUUCCUGCGCUGGGCACCCUGUGAGAUAGAGUUGCGCCAGCAAGGGCCCCUGGAAUCUUCUUACCAGGCUGAUUUCCGACCAGGCCCAGGACUCAGUGGCCUCCCCCAGCGCCUCGUCCACUUUGUGCAGGUCCAGCCUUCCCAUGCCAGGACCACCUACCAGCAGAACUUCUGCUACCCAUCCCGGGGUGGCCACUGUGGCAGUGACAAGGUAGGGCCCCAAGCGCCAGUCACAGACAUACUGCCUGACCUCCCAGUGAUCCCAAGACCCAAGCUGCUGCAGCACUACCUUCAUGCUGGGGUCUCUGAGUGUCUAAACUGGUCCAGAGCAUUAAACAAGGACAGCUGACACAGCAGCCUCUCUGUGCUUGCAGCCCACAAUGGGAUGCAGCCCAAGAGGAUGAAAGGUAGUAAUGGGCUGCCAGGUCCUGUGCCUGUCUUCCAUGGCACUUGUGCCCAUGGUGUUUGUGUGCUGGGCAUGGGAGGUGCUGCUCUGGGAUCCCUGCCACUAAGUGAGAAAGGGGAGGCUAAGAGUCCAGGAGGGUUGCCAUAGCCACAGCAGGUGGGUUCCAGGGUCCCAAAUACUACUCUGUUCUUGUAGCAAACCCAGCUGUAGAGAGGAAGAUUAGAGGGCAGUCCCCAGCCUAAGUUGAAGUCAGGACAGAGCAGGUGGUAGGGUGGAGGGGGUGACACUGAGGGAGGGCUCCUUAUGAAGGCAGCAGAGUGACUAUCUUCCCCACCACCUUUCUCUUCUGGGAAACAGCCUAUUCCCCCAAACAGAGACGUCUCUGUGUUGGUCUCCUCUGCCAGCUUGCCAGACAAUGUGCAAAUAUCCUGUGGGCUGCUGACUUUCUAGGUGCUUCACCCUAGAAUGAAAGGCAUCACUGGGAAAGCAGGCCAAGUAUUCAGUGUAGCUAUGGGGAAAGCAGACCCCAGAGACCUGUACUAGCAGGCAACAAAGGCUGGAAGAAGGAAGAGUUAGCAGCUUUCUCAGGAGGCAGCUGCCUUCGAGGGGGUUGUUGGAUGGCCACACAGUCCUGUCCAAGAGACGGCUGCCCCACAGCUGAGGCAGGAGACUGCCCUGGGCCACAAAACCCACUGAACCACCCCUCCCUGUGGGGGUGAGCAGAGACCCUAAGGAGACACUCUGUAACUUGGAUCUGGAGGUCUUCCUAACCCUGUGGUAUUUUGUUGUUGUUUUCUGAGCACUUCUCUCGUCAUCCUAUCCCGCCAUCCUUUGGUGACAUGUGACAGCCCUUCCUUACUGUCCUAGUGCUCUCUAAUCCCCAUGACAGUAAGGAGGUGCUGUCAUCACAUGUUGCCAAAGAAUAAGCUCUGGCUUAGAUGGAACAGAAAUACCAAAUCACUUUGGGAACACCCACCAGAUCCAAGAGGCUCCUUCUGGACCCUC